AUGGAUAGUUCACGCGAGCAAUUGGGACUAUCAGACCACGAAAGACGCUGGGUGCGCUACCUGAAAUAUCAUGAUUUGGCAGAACGAGACGAUCAAACCCUUGACCUUGGGAAGGUUUUGGACAUGACACAAAUUCUGGACAUCAAAGUACUUCAACGCGAUAUUUCCGCUCAGGAGGCGAUCGAGGCUGUAGAACAGAAAGGAGAGUACAUCGGGCGUGGAAUCAAUGGGUCCGUCCAGCCGGUCAACUUCCACAGGCAAAAGCUCGCCCGCAAGACGAGCUGGAUCCCAAUCGAAGCGAACCGUGUGGCGUACGAGAAAGAGAUCGAAUGCCUCCAGAAGCUCCAGCACGAUCCACACUGGCAUGUCAUACAGAUGCUGGGUCACUACAUCCAUCCUUACAACGAAGGCCAUCUGCUGCUGUCUCCCCUGGCCGAAUGCACUCUCGAGGAUUUCAUGGCCGGGCCUCUCACAGGCAGAGACCGGCUGGUGAUGCAGCGGUGGUUUGGCUGCCUCUCAGCAGGCCUCAGAUAUAUCCACGACCAUCAAAUCAAGCACAAGGAUAUCAAACCUGCGAAUAUCUUGGUCCAUGGAGAAAAUCCCGUCAUCACUGAUUUUGGAAUAUCAAACUCGUUUCUCGGCGCCAGCUCAUCUAAAGGCCAUUGCCUCGGGGACUGGGUGUACCAAGCACCCGAGGUCAUCAGCCAUGCUCGCCGUGGCCGAUCGCAAGAUGUGUGGUCCCUGGUCUGUUGUUUCAUUGACAUGGCCUCGGAGUUGUUUGGGAUGGGUAGGAGGGAACUUCGUAAAUGGUGCCGACAUGGAGACGACUGGCGUUUCAAUUUCAGUGAGGAUCACGAGAAGAUUGUAUCUUGGUUGAAGAACCUUCUUGCACGAUUAGAAGCAGAGGAACAGCGUGUACUCCUCGAUUUGCUUCUCCAAGGAUUCGAGCGCGAGGAGGCAAAGCGCCCAUCUGCCACUUACCUCUUCAGCCGGCUACAAACCAUGCCUUCUUUGGUCGGAGAGUGCUGUGCGAUGACCGAUUCGGGUCAGGAGGCAGCAGCUGGAAAGCCAUUGCCUUCUUUGUCCCGGACACCCUCCAACCAAACUGGUCCAGAGCCUAUUCGGCGCUUUAUCACCUCUCUCCGGAAAAGCAUGUUGAGUCAGCGACAGGCACCUGCGAUCAAUUCAAGCUUGGACAGGCUGGCAACUGAUGUGGAGCGUCAGCAGGUUCGAAGUCUGCGGUCUGUCGAGAGAAAGCUGUUGUUUUAUAUCUUACCGGCUCAAUGCUCCUCGGCGGACGAAUAUCUCACACUUUGCAAGGUCUUCGUCUGCGAACUGGCAAAGGCGGCGAAAUCUCCAACAAACAGCUCCUGUCUCUACGAGGAAGUGACUCGAGAGGAAGAAAAGCCCUAUACAACGGCCUAUUUUUCAAUCUUGCUCCACAGGAUAACCAACCGCUGCUUCACGAGUCACUGGAAUAGGACUCACGAUGCUCUCGGCACCAUUGUUCUGAGUAGCUGCCCCGAACUCACCUCGCCCAAGCAGCCACCAGCAAAAGAGACUUCUGCGGGCAAACCUGCGCAGAGAGAGGAAAAGGCGGGUAAGAAGCCACUGGUGGUCCGUGGAGGGCCGUCUCAGAGAAAGUAG